AUGAAUAAAAAAUAAUUCAAAAAAAAAAGAAUACAUGAAGUUGAUUAUGCCCAAAAAGUAUUGAAUUCUAUUAAACCUCAUAUCUAAAAUACAAAAUUAAAUCAAAAUCUAUUUCAUGCAUAAUAAAUAACAAGACAUUCAUCAACAAUAAUUAAGGAUAUUCAAAAAGAUGUAAGAUAAACUCUAAGAAAAUAUGAUUCAUAAAUAAAAUUAAGUGAAUCAAACAGAAAUCAUACAAUUACUGAUUCAACAAGAAAAUAUUCAAAUGAAAUACCUAGACACACAUCAUUCUCACCUGAAAAAGAAUUAAAUUGUUUAAAGCAAUAAUAAAGAAUUUUAAUGGCCCUAUUGAAUAAUCUAUAAAAUUAAGAAAAUCUUACAGAUGUUUGUCAUUAAUCUUCUGAAAAAGAUUUAAAACCAUAAUGCAUAAAGAAGUAAACCUAAAAAUAAAAUGAGAAAUAAAUAUAAUAUAUAGAAAAAAAAAAAGUUUAAAUUGACUAACCAUAAAAAAAAAUUUAUAAUGAAACUGAUGUUAUAUCAUUAGAUUUAAGUAAACUUAAGAAAUCACCUAAUAAUAAAUCAAUUUCAUCUUUUAAUUUUUUUGUAGCAAACAACAAAGAUAAAUAAAAUUCAAAUAUUCCUGUUCUAACUCAAAACAAAAGUUGUUCAAAAUUUAAUUUGAAAAAUUUUGAUUAAUAAAAUUAAUGGGAGAAUUAUGGAGUAGCAAAUAAUAAGAAUAAAUAACAUUUAAAAUAUACUAAAAAGAAUUAAAAAGACCAAAUUAACAAUGAAAAUAAGUUAUAAACAAAUGGAAGAUAUAAAUAAGGAUUAGAAAGAAAGAGUGAUAAAUUGAAUCCUAGAGAUAGUCAUUAUGAUUUUAUAUAUUUGAAUAAUUUUGAUAUUUGA